AUUUAAGUCUUGCGGUACGACUUUUUCAGCCUUGCCAAGGUCACGAAAACAAUACUGGGCUAGAUUUACGAGAGUUGUUCUUUCAGACUCUUACAGAAUGCUGCUGCCUGGUAGUGUCACGGACAAAUUCUAUGGUACCUUUCCCCAGAUACUGGCAGCAGUAUCAGGUACAAUCUCAGCUAUAUCAGAUGGAAUGCAAUAUGGCUGGACCUCUCCUACCAUACCCAUUCUGCUUUCAGAGGAUACCCCUUGGGAAGUAACUCCUAUCCAAGCAGAAUGGUUGGAAUCCAUCCUCAUGAUAGGCGCCUGUUGUGGUCUGCCAGCCACGAUGUAUUUAGUUGAUAAAGUCGGAAGAAAAAAGUCAUUGCUGAUUUCCAUGCUUACGACAUUAUUGGCUUGGGUUAUCAUGGCGGUAGCACCGAGGAUUGAAUACGUAUUUGUUGCAAGGUUCUGUGCUGGUAUGGCUGGUGAUAUGGCUUUUGUGGCAGCUCCUAUGUAUAUUGCAGAGGUUGCGGAUCAGAAAAUUAGAGGAUUCCUGUCUAGUCUGAUAUACGUUAUGAUGUUAACAGGUAUUCUUCUAGUUUACUGCGUAGCUCCAUUUGUACCUGUAUGGGGACCUUGUUUGCUGGGCAUCCUAAUCAACUCAAUAGGUCUGCUUAUUUUCCCAUUCCAACCAGACUCUCCAUACUAUCUCCUCUACAAAAACCAACCAGAAGAAGCCAAACAAGCUCUUAAGCGACUAAGACAAACAGAAGACGUCGAUGCUGAAUUCAAGGACAUUUCGUUGGCGAUAGAAAGGCAAAAAACUGAAAAAGGCAGAUUUCAAGAUUUGUUUUUAGUUCCCAGCAACCGAAAAGCGUUAACAAUUAUGGUGAUGUUAAAUAGUUCGCAGCAUAUGAGUAGUAUAAGUGUGAUGUUAAUGAAUUUGCAUUCCAUUCUCGCUGAAGCUGGGUCGUUUUACGUAGCUGCCCAUACUGGAGCAAUUAUUUUUUCAGCUACGAUGUUUGUAGCAGCUAUGUCUGCUUCAUUGGCUAUUGACAAUUUUGGUAGACGUUUUCUUUUAUGUACAUCGGGUAUUAUAGCUGGAAUUUCUCUUCUGAUUAUAGCAAUUUAUUUCAAUGUAAAGAAUUCAGGCGUAGAUAUCAGUAAUAUUAGUUGGUUACCGCUUGCAAUGGUGAUACUCUACGCUGCUUCAUUUAAAUUCGGUAUCGGUCUAGUACCUGUAGUUAUGACAGCAGAACUAUUUCCAGCUAAAGUUAAAGCAUUUGGAAUGACACUAUCGGAUCUAUGUUACGUUGGUUUUUCUGUUAUAACUCUACAAAUUUAUCAUUCUCUUAGACAUGCGUUCGGUAUACAAGUACCUUUUUAUAUUUUUGCUUGUUCUUGUUUUUGUACUGUUAUUUUUACCAUUUGUUAUAUACCAGAGACUAAAGGUAGAACGUUAGAGGAAAUACAAAUGAUUUUGAAGGGUGAAUUUAAUCCAAAGCAGAAUUAUACUGAUGGAACGAACGAAAUUGAAGACAAAAGUAAGGAGGCUUAUAAAAAUGAUGCAUUUGUUCCAUAAUAUGAUACUUUAAUAUGCCUGUUUUCUGGUAUACUUAUAUAAUAUUUUAUAAGUUCGUUGUAGUUAAUUUUUAUAUU